CAGACCUCGGUCGGCAAAAUGACUCGGUCGGGUGGAUUGCACACUGUAUUGAUUCCGGGCGAAUGGCUGUCUGUUGUCGAUGCGCACGUGCUUGACAGGCCUGCUUUUCUUGCAGCUGCCAGUGCGAACUGGGGCGUGGGGUGCAUUACAAACCUAGGUACCUAGGCACCUAGGCACUUGGAUACGGAGCAGGUGUCAAAAGUUGGAAGGCGGGAAGAAAAAAAAUUGGUAUACCAGAUAAAUAAACUGAGUGGUGGGUGACUGAUGGCCGCCACCCAGCAAAGAGAGAAGGGGAGAGAGGGCGAUUGAGAGCUCCAUCUUAUCGGGUCGGAUAAGCUGGGAGAAAAAACGCGCUUUCAGCCCUCAGCUGGAGCCCACUCCCGGCCCCCACCACCUCAGAUUCCUUUGCUUUUCAUCGACUCAUCAGCCUCCUAAGUUCCUAGAUCCUCUGUCCGUUUCCCUAUAUUUCCUCUAGAACGGUAUCCCUAGAACCCCUCCGCCCGGCAAUUGCCUCGCCCUCACCUAGAUUCGAAGCCAUGGCUUCCUCCUCGCGAGCUCUGGCCCUGAACAAGCUCGCGACCCGCCAGUUCGGUGUCGCCCGCAUGCAGCAGUACGCUGUCGCAUCGCGCAUCCUCGCAUCCUCGGCUCGCUCCCUGGCUACCACCACGCCCUCCAGCCGCCCUCUUCCUCUUGCUGCUGCCAGCAUACGCCCUAUAGCUCGUCACUCCCAGAGGCAGUACUCCGAGUCGUCCGCGCCCCCGCCGCCCCCCAGGAAGUCGGGAAAGAUCAGGACCACAUUCAGGUGGACAUGGCGCCUCUUCUACCUCUCCGUCCUCGGCACCCUCGCCUAUGUCAGCUACGAAGUCUGGGACAUCAGGCACCCGGAGCCUCAGGUCAACCCCGACCCUUCCAAGAAGACCCUCGUCAUCCUGGGCACCGGCUGGGGAUCCGUGGCUCUCCUCAAGAAACUUGACACCGAGAACUACAACGUCGUCGUCAUCUCGCCCCGAAACUACUUCCUCUUCACCCCCUUGCUCCCCUCGUGCACCACCGGCACCAUCGAGCACCGCUCCAUCAUGGAACCAGUGCGCACGAUCCUCCAGUCCAAGAAGGCCUCUGUCAAAUACUACGAAGCCGAGGCCCACUCGAUCGACCCCGAGCGCAAGGUCGUCAAGAUCAAGGAUGAUUCCGAGGUCAAGGGCGCUGUCACCGAGACCGAAGUCCCCUACGACAUGCUGGUCGUUGGUGUUGGUGCCGAGAACGCCACCUUCGGCAUCCCCGGUGUCCGCGAGCAUUCGUGCUUCCUCAAGGAGAUUGGCGACGCUCAGCAGAUCCGCAAGAAGAUCAUGGACUGCGUCGAGACCGCUGCCUUCAAGGACCAGACCCCAGAGGAGAUCAACAGGCUCCUCCACAUGGUCGUUGUCGGCGGAGGCCCCACCGGUGUUGAGUUUGCCGGUGAGCUGCAGGACUUCUUCGAGGAGGACAUCAAGCGUCUUAUCCCGGACAUCAGCGAUCGCUUCAAGGUCACCCUGAUCGAGGCCCUGCCCAACGUCCUGCCCUCCUUCUCCAAGCAGCUGAUUGAGUACACCGAGAGCACUUUCGCCGAGGAGAAGAUCGACAUCAGGACAAAGACAAUGGUCAAGAACGUCACUGACACCUAUGUCGAGGCCGAGGCUGUGGGCCCAGAUGGCAAGAAGGAGCUCAUUCGGUUCCCUUACGGCCUGCUGGUCUGGGCCACGGGUAACGCCGUCCGCCCCAUAGUCAAGAACCUAAUGUCGAGCAUUGCCGCUCAGAAGGACUCCCGCCGCGGCCUCGCCGUCAACGAGUAUCUGGUCGUCCAGGGGGCCCGUGACAUCUGGGCCGUGGGCGACUGCGCCGUCGCCGGAUACGCGCCCACCGCCCAGGUCGCCUCGCAGGAGGGCGCCUUCCUGGCCAAGCUCUUUAACAACAUGGCCAAGACUGAGGAGCUGGAGCGCAACAUCCGCGAGCUCUCCUCGUCGCUGAACCUCAAGCCCGGCAACUCGGCCGACUCGUCCAAGCAGAUCGAGGAGUACGAGAGGCAGCUCCGCCGCAUCAAGGACAUUAAGCCCUUCCACUACUCGCACCAGGGCAGUCUCGCGUACAUUGGCAGCGAGAAGGCAGUCGCGGACGUUGCUUGGUUCAACGGCAAUGUCGCAUCCGGUGGUACCUGGACGUACCUGUUUUGGAGGAGCGCGUAUCUCUCAAUGUGCUUCAGCACUCGAAACCGUCUCCUGGUCAUCAACGACUGGGCAAAGUCUAAGGUUUUUGGGCGUGACGUGUCCCGAGAGUGAUUAAAUUCAGGGGGGACCCAGACCCCCUUUUGAGUUCGGGCUCCAGUUGUCCCGGGUUGUGAUGCAGUGUAAUACAUGUGCUUGAUAUCCCAAUGUCUGGUGACUUUAUUUGAAUGGGCGUCAGGCGGGUUUAUAGACUUUGUGUUAUUACUGGGGGCUUGCGACGGGCAAACACAAAACGCAUAGACUUGGGUAAUCUUUUUGUGGUGAGGGAAUGAGGGCUUUGUUUUAUGAGCCUUGACUUGUUGUAUAUCUUAGUUAUGUGACGAAUUUAUUUUGUUAAAUGA